GUCCAGGUUAGUGGCCAUUUCGCAGCCCUCCCCGCAAAACCGGUCUGAGCGUCUGCAGAGUCACAGGAGACUGCGGAGAUUCUUUCUGUUUGUUAAGAGGGGAAAAUUACCUGGCAAACUGCCCUCUUCGCCAUCAAUUAUAUUUCCAGCAUCCGCAGUAUUUCUGCUUUUAUCUAAAGUGUCAAGAGGACAUAGAAUCGACACGGGGAUUUGGAUAGACUAAAACGUCCCGGGAUCACAAGGACCACACAGUCAGACCCUUGCAGGAAACGGUGGAGAUGUGGAAGGAGAAGCUGAAUGCGGUGAAGGAAUCUCUACAAGCACAACUGAAAGACUAUUCCAAAAUCCAGAGUGAGGACAAAGCAGAGCAGGUCAAGCUAAAGAAACAAAUUUACAAACAGCGGCAGCACAUCCAGUCCGAAUUCAUUAAAUUACAUAACUUCUUGGUAGAGGAAGAACGGAACCUCAUGAUUAAGCUUCAGGAGAAGGAAGAGCUUAUUCUACAAUUAGAGGAAAAUAUGAAGGAAACUUCCAAGGAAAGUGAUUCGAUCAGCCGAUUAAUAACAAAUAUCCAGGAGACAUUGAGUCUGCAAGAGAUGAAAUUACUGAAGAUAGCUAAAUCCAUCGUCGACAGGUGUGAUGUUAAAUUCAAGAAACCCACCAAAGUUUCCAUCGAGCUCAAUCUGGCUGAACUCGUUGGGCCACUACAGUAUAUCACAUGGAGACGGAUGCUAAGGAUCAUCCAUCCAGCUCCCAGUUCCCUGACUCUGGAUCCAAUGACUGCACAUCCGAACCUAAAACUUUCCAAUGACUUGACCCAGGUAAAACGUGGUGAGACAGUGCAGAUGGUUCUUCCCAACCCGAAGAGGUUCAGUAACCGGCGUUCCAUUCUGGGCUCCGAGGGAUUCACUUCUGGGCGGCACUACUGGGAAGUGGAUGUGAGCGGCUGCAACUUCUGGGUGUUGGGCAUGGCAAGGGAGUCUAUCCCAAGGAAGGGAGAUUUCCCCCUGGAACCCAAGGCUGGAGUGUGGGCAGUCGGACUAUGGUGGCAGGAUGGUUAUAAAGCUCUCAGCUCGCCCCCUACCCACCUUCCUGUCAGUGUGAGGCCCAAGAAAUUGGGAAUCUAUUUGGACUAUGAGGGGGGACAGAUGACAUUUUGGAAUGCAGAUGACAUGUCCCAUCUUUACACCUUCUCUGAUACGUUCAGUGAAGAACUCUACCCUUAUUUCAGCACUGGCUGCAAGGCUAAUUCACUAAAACUCGUCUCCUUACAAUUGUAAGAAAUACUUAGUGUUAAGGAGGGAGAGCUUUCAUCAGCUCAUACAUAAGGAUAAACGCAUUUGUAAUCAGGAUUAAAGCAGGAUAAAGCCAUUCCAACUUUUACUGAUGGUGUAAAUUGGACGAUAUCCAAUUAGUUGCCCAUUAUACAUCGCCUGUAAUUUUAAUUCCAACUGAAGUCACUGAAAUUUGAUGUUGCCCAUCUUACAAUAAUACCCAGAAGUUAGUCUGUUCAACACUCUGGAAGGUCUUGAAUUUCUUCAGAGUUUCCCCAGAUCAAACCUUCCACAAAAGGUCAGGAAAGUGAUUGGAAACAAACCUGCAAAAAUCCAGGGAUGGCUAGCUUGCCUUCCUCAUUAACAUUUUUGGGUAGAAAUUCAUCUUGGGUGCUUUGCUAAAUGCUUGAUAAGUUAAUGGUCUUCCAUAACUCAACUGUAUUGAAAUAAAUUGAACCAAAUGUGAAAGAAUAAUAGGCAGCCAAUUCUGUUUCAGCUGUUUUGCACUCCUGCCCAAGAACCAUUUCACCCAGGUAGACCUGAGGACGUGGGAUGACCUUCAGAGAUAACAAAGAGUGAAAUUGCACUUGGGCAAUACCAUAAAGCAGGCAAUAGUGAAUCAGCCAUUCAUAUUAAAGCCUGCCUAAUUUUCUUUUCUGCUGAAGACUAGUUGGAUAACAGAUUACACUUGGUUGGUGAAGAACAGAAAUUACCCAGAUUAAUCCACGUGGUUCUCUUUGCCUGCUGAAGAUAUCGUGAUAUCAGUUUACCAGUUGGCAUCCAUUACAGAAACAUCCCAUUUUAAAAAAAAAAAUUCAGUCGAUAAAUGAUAUAUUUGUAACUAGAAAAUUUAGAAAUUUGUAAGGAAAGAUCAGGACAGUGGGACUAUUUUGAUAGCAUUUUUGAUGAGCUAGCACAGGCAUGAUGGGCUGAAUGGCCCCCUGUGCUGCCAAAUCCAUGGUGUGAUCUAACACAUGGGUUCCUUAUACUGAAAUGAAGGGUGUAAUUAGUAUAGCAUUGAGAAAAGAGCAGAAGAGUGGGGCUAAUUUAAUAGACCUUUCAAAGAGGCCAAAUGGACAUAAUGGACCUCCUUUUUUUAAAAUUUAUUCUUUCAUGGGAUGUGGACAUUGUGGCCAGCAUUUGUUGUCUGUCCUUAAUUGCUCUUGAAAUGAAUUGAUUGCUAGGCCAUUUACGAGGGAGCUUAAUUUCAACAACAUUGUUAUGGGUCUGGAGUAACAUGCAGACCAGACCAGUUAAAAACAGCAGAUUUCCCUCCUUUAAGAGGAGAUUAGUGAACCAGAUGGGUUUUUACAACAAUGCAUGAUAGUCUCAUGGUCACCAUUAAUAAGACUAGCUUCCGAUUCCAGAUUUUUUAUUCAUUGAAUUUAAGUUCCAUCAGUUGCCAUAGUGGGAUUUGAACCAAUGUCCCAAAGUAUUAGCCUGGGACUCUGGAAUACUAGCCCUGUGAUAUUAUCACUAAUGCCAUCUCCUCCUCUGUGCUGUAUGAAUCUAAUAACCUUUUAAUAAUGCCUGAUAUUUAAGGGAGUAAUUUUACUGAUUUGACUUCAACUUCAAGUGCAAUAAUUGUAUUAGAAAUUGGUAUUGCUGACAUGAAUUUGCAUCAGUUUAAUCAUCAGCUUAUGAUUAUCUUUCAUGUUUUGAAUGUGUUCUGCAAAAAUAUUUUAAGAAACUUGAUUG